AUGAUCGCCCAGUUCACUGACACGCUGCUCCGCCUUGACGACUUCAAGAUUCUCGACAUCCUGCGUUACAUCUCAGAUGCGGCAUUAAUUGAAGGCGCGCAACGCGAAUACUGCGGGGCCGAGCCCGACAUGUCGGACUUGACUCGCGAAGCAGUUGCCAUCAUGUUCUCCAUACGCCCCCGGCUGUCUUGCACUUCAGCUACCUUCGCCUUGCUGAACUCCAUCUCCACCGAUGGUAUAUUCUGUGACGGGGAGCUUACCAACUUGUUCUUUCACAACAAAACGCUCGUGAGCGGUACUCCCGCCGGAGAUCGCCGACUGUUCCUGGAAAGGAUACGCUGCCCCAACCCUUGCUCCCCUUCCUGUUCGCCAACGUUCCGGGUUCCUUCACCAAACCCCUCAGCGGCUCUCACAGUAGCUGCCAUUCGAUCGUCAAUGGUGGAUACUCCAUCGAUCGCUCUCUGA